CCGCGGCCUGUGCUGGUGGCGGCCGCCGUGUCGGGCUCGGGCGCGGCGGUGGCGGCGGGCGCGGGGCUGGCCCGGCUGGCGGCGGCGGCGCGGCCGGGAGCGGGAGGAGGAGGAGGAGGCUCCUCGGCGAGCGGCGGCAGCAGGAAGAGGCCGCUGCUCACCCCGCUCUGCAACGGGCUCAUCAACUCCUACGAGGACAAGAGCAACGAUUUCGUGUGCCCCAUCUGUUUUGAUAUGAUUGAAGAAGCCUACAUGACAAAAUGUGGACACAGCUUCUGCUAUAAAUGUAUUCACCAGAGCUUGGAAGACAAUAACAGAUGUCCUAAAUGCAACUAUGUUGUGGACAACAUAGAUCAUCUUUAUCCGAACUUCUUAGUCAAUGAACUGAUUCUUAAACAAAAACAGAGAUCUGAGGAGAAGAGAUUCAAACUGGACCAUUCAAAUGGCCAUAGGUGGCAGAUAAUUCAAGAUUUGUUGGGAACUGAUCAAGACAACCUUGACUUGGCUAAUGUCAACCUGAUGCUGGAGCUGCUGGUGCAAAAAAAGAAGCAGUUGGAAGCAGAGUCCCAUGCCGCCCAGUUGCAGAUCCUCAUGGAAUUUCUGAAAGUUGCCAGAAGAAAUAAAAGAGAGCAAUUGGAGCAGAUCCAGAAGGAGCUAAGUGUUCUGGAAGAAGAUAUUAAACGAGUAGAGGAAAUGAGUGGCUUGUAUUCCCCAGUCAGCGAGGACAGCACAGUGCCGCAGUUCGAAGCACCUUCACCUUCACACAGUAGUAUUAUUGACUCCACAGAGUACAGCCAGCCUCCAGGCUUCAGUGGCAGUUCUCAGACCAAAAAGCAGCCCUGGUAUAACAGCACACUAGCCUCACGACGGAAGCGGCUCACGGCUCACUUUGAGGACCUAGAGCAAUGCUAUUUUUCCACAAGGAUGACACGUGUCUCAGAUGACAGCAGAACCACAAGCCAGCUGGAUGAGUUUCAGGAGUGUCUAUCCAAGUUCACACGCUACAAUUCUGUUCGCCCUCUGGCAACGCUGUCCUACGCUAGUGACCUCUACAAUGGCUCCAGCAUAGUCUCCAGUAUUGAGUUUGACCGGGACUGUGACUACUUUGCCAUCGCUGGGGUAACAAAGAAGAUUAAAGUCUAUGAGUAUGGUACAGUCAUUCAGGAUGCAGUGGAUAUUCACUACCCUGAGAAUGAAAUGACCUGUAAUUCCAAAAUCAGCUGUAUCAGCUGGAGUAGUUACCACAAGAACCUGCUAGCCAGCAGCGACUAUGAAGGCACCGUCAUCCUGUGGGAUGGGUUCACAGGACAAAGAUCCAAGGUCUACCAGGAACAUGAGAAAAGGUGCUGGAGUGUUGACUUUAACUUGAUGGACCCAAAACUAUUGGCUUCAGGCUCUGAUGAUGCAAAAGUGAAGCUGUGGUCUACCAACUUGGACAAUUCAGUAGCAAGCAUCGAGGCCAAGGCGAAUGUGUGCUGUGUCAAAUUCAGCCCCUCUUCUAGGUAUCACCUAGCUUUUGGCUGUGCAGAUCACUGUGUCCACUACUACGACCUCCGCAACACUAAGCAGCCCAUCAUGGUGUUCAAAGGGCAUCGCAAGGCCGUCUCCUAUGCAAAAUUUGUGAGUGGGGAAGAAAUUGUCUCCGCGUCAACAGACAGUCAGCUGAAGCUCUGGAACGUAGGGAAACCUCACUGUUUGCGCUCCUUCAAGGGUCACAUCAAUGAGAAGAAUUUUGUAGGGCUGGCAUCCAACGGAGACUACAUUGCCUGCGGAAGCGAAAAUAAUUCCCUUUACCUAUACUAUAAGGGCCUCUCAAAGACACUGCUGACAUUCAAGUUUGAUACGGUCAAGAGCGUCCUGGACAAGGACAGGAAGGAAGAUGACACAAAUGAGUUUGUGAGUGCUGUCUGCUGGAGGGCGCUUCCAGAUGGGGAGUCCAACGUGCUGAUUGCUGCUAACAGUCAGGGUACAAUUAAGGUACUGGAGCUGGUAUGAAGGGUUUUCUCUCAAGGCUUGAGGUACUUGGUCCUGCUGAUGUGCUACAGUGUUCAUCUGGGAUCCUCAGUGGGACAAGAAACCGAAACCACCUUGAUGUUCUUCCCCAAAACCAUCAUGUUUUUUUUUCCAUUUAUGGACUUCAGAGGACAUUUUGAGACACUGGGAACACCAGUGAACUAUCUGCCAUCAACAUUAACUCCACAGACUUUGCUGCUGCUGGUGGUGGUAUGGUUGUCUAAUUUUUAUGAUAGGAAAACAAAUUCUUUUAAAUAAAAACAAAAAGGAAUAAUAAAAUUUAUUGAGCCACAAGCUGAAGCUGGAAGAUUCUCUCUUGUUGCAUAUGGGAACAGAUUUUCUUGGGAAGGGAACUUACAGGACCACACAGGGCUGCUGUCAGUUGCACAUCUCCAGUUACCUUUACCUGGACUGUCCAUCCCCACUGGGGAAAAAAAAAGUCUCCAAGCUCUACCUGGACACGCAAACAAUUCAUUUUGAGAUAUGGUUGAGUUGUUCCUUUGACUUCUUUAUUUUUAUUUUAGAUGCAUUAAAUGUUGAGAAAUUGUCACCCAGGUGGACGCCGCUGGAGACUGAAGUCCUCUGGUUAUCAAGAAGAGAAGGGCAGCUUCCUUGCUUUUCUUUGUGCCCGUGCUUCAACCCAAAGGGGCUGCUCCGAAGGAGAGGAGCAAGUCAUCCAUUCACCCACGUGAGCCUGGCCCUUCCUGCUGCCUGCCCGCAACCGUGCUGCAGUGACCUGAACCUGGCACCUGGACUGACCUCACCCAGACAUCACGGAGUAAUGACCUCGCCACCACUGAUCUGGCUGUGUUUGACUAUCUCAGCUGGAGCUGAAAGUUUCUUGAUGCAGUUACCAAAGCCCUGCACCACUACUGUCCCGUGUGGUCCAAUUACGUUUGCCCCUCUGCAGACCAUCCGUGGGAGCUGAGCAUUGUGGACGUUGUAAUAAGAGAGGGGAUGGAGUUGGUUUGUAAUGUGUUUCAGAGCCAUGAUAUAAGUAGCCUUAUUUUUAAUGGUCAUGCAUACACUUAAAUUGUACAUACAGAGGGGGAAUAAAGCGUGAAGCUAAGA